AUGUCCACUACAAUCAUUAUUGGAUCCCAAUGGGGUGAUGAAGGCAAGGGAAAGCUCACAGACAUAUUCUGCUCCCAGGCCGAUGUUGUUGCUCGUGCCGCCGGUGGGCACAACGCCGGUCAUGUUGUCCAGGCCAACGGCAUCUAUCACAACUUUCGCCUCCUCCCCUCUGGCCUGAUGGUGCCCAAGUGCCAAGCCCUCAUCGGCACCGGCGUCGUCUUCCAUUUCCCCACCUUCUUCCAGGAGCUCGCCGACAUCCAAGAGGAGGGCAUCAAGGACGCGGGCGAGCGCGUCUUUGUGUCGGACCGGUGCCAUGUCAACUUUGACCUGCACGGCGCCGUCGACGCCGCCCAGGAAGAAGAGCUGGCGGGCAAGGCCGUCGGCUCCAUGCGACGCGGCAUCGGCCCCUGCUACAGCACAAAGGCCAUCCGGAGCGGCAUCCGCAUCGCUGAGAUUUUCAACGAGGCGCGGUUCGAGGAGAAGCUGCGCCGGCUGGCCGCCGGGUACCAGAAGCGGUUUGGGGGCCUCCUAAAGUACGACGUGGAAGACGAGAUUGCCCGGUUCAAGGAGUACCGCGUGGCGAUUCAGAAAUAUGUCGUCGAUGGCGUGCUGUUCAUGGCCCGGGCUAAGGAGCGAGGUGCCAAUAUCGUCGUCGAGGGGAGCCAGGCUAUCCUGCUGGACGUGGACUAUGGCACGUACCCCCACGUUACAAGCUCAAGCACCGGCUUGGGUGGCGCGAUUUCUGGUCUUGGUCUAGGCAUCAGAGACAUCAAGGAGGUUAUUGGUGUCACAAAAGCAUACAACACUCGCCUCGGUCUGGGAGGCUUCCCAACAGAGGACGCUGGCGAGGUUGGACAGCAGCUGCAAAAGCUGGGCGGCGAGUACGCUGCGGUGAUUAAGCAGAAAUUAAGAUGCGGAUGGCUUGACCUCGUCGCUUUGCGCUAUUCCUGCAUGAUUAACAACUACGACAGCAUCCAGCUCAGCAAGCUCGACGUGCUCGACACGUUUGAGAGGAUCAAGGUCGGCAUCGCGUACCGGGACCGGGACACGGGAGCAGAGAUGCCCUCGUUCCCGGCGGACCACGACGUGCUCGAGCGCGUCGAGGUCGUCUACGAGGAGCUGCCGGGCUGGAACACGAGCAUUGCCAAGCGGCGCGAGUGGGCCGAGCUGCCGACCGAGGCGCAGAAGUAUGUCGAGUACAUUGAGCGGUUUAUCGGCGUCAAGGCAAAUCAAGUGGAUUGGAACGGGUGCUCAGCGAGAGGACAUUAUUACGCGGGCCUGAUCUACAUUCCUGGUUCGCGGAUGAAGAGGGUGGCUUGGCCGUGCCGGAGCUGCGAGGCCAUCCUGUGCCGUCCGCUCCUCGUCUCGGCGCAGCGCGUGAGCACAACCUGGCGCGCCCUCAUCACCACAUCACCAGCGCUGCAGCCGAGACUGUUCUUCUUGCCCGUGCCCGGUGACGAUGCACGCCCCAGCGUAGCGAUGGCCGUUGCCGACGACGGAAGCGGCACCGCCGAGGACGAGAUCUGGGCGCUUCCACCGCGGCGCACGCAGAACCCGCUCCUCGUCUGGUGCUUUUCGCCGUGCUUCUUCGAGACGCACGACAAGGCGUAUUUCUGCCAGGCAAAACACCGGACUCGCGUGCCAUGA